AACACUGAUUCAGGAGACUGACCCUGGUGCAGAUUACCGCAUUGAUAGAGCCCUGAAUGAAGCUUGUGAAUCUGUAAUACAGACAGCCUGCAAACACAUAAGAUCGGGAGACCCAAUGAUCCUCUCAUGCUUGAUGGAACACUUAUACACAGAGAAAAUGGUGGAAGAUUGUGAGCACCGUCUAUUAGAACUGCAGUAUUUCAUCUCUCGAGAUUGGAAGCUGGACCCUGUCUUAUACCGCAAGUGCCAGGGAGAUGCAUCUCGUCUUUGCCACACCCAUGGCUGGAAUGAAACCAGUGAACUUAUGCCUCCUGGAGCUGUGUUCUCUUGCUUGUAUAGACACGCCUACCGCACUGAGGAACAGGGCAGGAGGCUGUCUCGGGAGUGCCGAGCUGAAGUUCAAAGAAUCCUACACCAACGUGCCAUGGAUGUUAAGCUAGAUCCCGCCCUCCAGGAUAAGUGCCUGAUUGAUUUGGGAAAGUGGUGCAGUGAAAAAACAGAGACUGGACAGGAGCUUGAGUGCCUCCAGGACCACCUUGACGACCUGGCUGUAGAGUGCAGAGAUAUAGUCGGCAACCUCACCGAGUUAGAAUCCGAGGACAUUCAAAUAGAAGCCUUGCUGAUGAGAGCCUGUGAGCCCAUAAUUCAGAACUUUUGCCAUGAUGUGGCAGAUAACCAGAUCGACUCUGGGGACCUGAUGGAGUGUCUCAUUCAGAACAAACACCAGAAGGAUAUGAAUGAGAAGUGUGCCAUUGGAGUCACCCACUUCCAGCUGGUGCAGAUGAAGGAUUUUCGUUUCUCUUACAAGUUUAAAAUGGCCUGCAAGGAGGAUGUGUUGAAACUUUGCCCCAACAUAAAAAAGAAGGUGGACGUGGUGAUCUGCCUGAGCACGACCGUGCGCAAUGACACUCUCCAGGAGGCCAAGGAGCACAGGGUGUCCCUGAAGUGCCGCAAGCAGCUGCGGGUGGAGGAGCUAGAGAUGACCGAGGACAUCCGUCUGGAACCAGAUCUGUAUGAAGCUUGCAAGACUGACAUCAAGAACUACUGUUCCACUGUGCAGUAUGGCAAUGCUCAGAUUAUUGAAUGUCUGAAAGAAAACAAGAAGCAGCUAAGUACCCGUUGCCACCAGAAAGUUUUUAAGCUACAGGAGACAGAGAUGAUGGACCCAGAACUAGACUAUACACUCAUGAGAGUUUGCAAGCAGAUGAUAAAGAGGUUCUGUCCAGAAGCAGAUUCCAAAACCAUGUUGCAGUGCUUGAAACAAAAUAAAAACAGUGAAUUGAUGGAUCCCAAAUGCAAACAGAUGAUAACCAAGCGCCAGAUCACCCAGAACACAGAUUACCGCCUAAACCCUGUGUUAAGGAAAGCCUGUAAAGCUGACAUUCCUAAAUUCUGCCAUGGUAUCCUGACUAAGGCCAAGGAUGAUUCAGAGCUGGAAGGUCAAGUCAUCUCUUGUCUCAAGCUGAGAUAUGCUGAUCAGCGGCUUUCUUCAGACUGUGAAGACCAGAUACGGAUUAUUAUCCAGGAGUCUGCUCUGGAUUACCGACUAGAUCCUCAGCUCCAGCUGCACUGCUCAGAUGAGAUCUCUAAUCUGUGUGCUGAAGAAGCAGCAGCCCAAGAGCAGACGGGUCAAGUGGAGGAAUGCCUCAAAGUUAACCUGCUCAAAAUCAAGACGGACACUUGUAAGAAGGUAAUCACCACCAUCAGUGGCCCUUUUCCUGCCUGCUUUCACUCCUUUUUCCCUUUCCUUCCAAUGCUGUCCUCUGACGUCUCAGGGAUAACAUCUAAACCUUCCUCCCCAGAAUUCUACACACUGUUCCCUCUUAGAAAACCUUAAUUGGGUUCUUAACAAUUAAUCACCUAUACCUUAAGUAUUCUUUCACAUGUACUAAUUAUUUGUGAAUAUGUCUCAUCCCCACAACCAGGCCGUUGUUGAGGGGCACUGUGAGUACGCUGCCGAGAGCAAGAUGUCAAGUCCAACAUAUCAGUACAUAUACUGCAUCCAUAAAAGUCAUUUCAGAAAUAGCACAUAAAAACAAAGUUAACAAAAUGUGACUGCUAAGCAUACAUUAUCUUGUAAAACUGCAACUGAGAUGAUCUAUCUGAUCUUUUUUAAAAAACUUUUUCUUUUUUUGAAAAGUGUUUCAGUGAUGUCAUUGUUGAGUCACUGUGACUACUGUACACAGAUCUUUUCAUCUGCUGAAAUGCUUCCGAUUGCACACGGUCUGAGGAAUGGAGGGAGUUGGCGGAAAGCUAAAUCCAGAUAUUUUCCUUGGACUGCUUUGUCAUCAAAUGAUCCCAUUUAACUUUGAAGAGGACUUUUUGAACAAUAUUUGAGUUUCGGGUUUUCUUUUCUUGUUUUUAUUAUUGUUGUUUUAUUGGGACUAUAGUCUUUCCAUUGAAAGCAAACUAUUUUUAUUUAAGAAAGCAUUUCUA